AUGACCGCCGUGCUCGAGUCAUCUCCAGAUUAUAAAUGGCCUCUUUACGACAAUGAGCCAUUAGAAGGAGCUUUUCAGGUCGAGCAGCCGGACGGCACCCUCGACACUGCCGUGGUGACCAAGGUGCAGCGGCCCUGGCUCUUUGGCUUCCGCCCAGCCACGACGACGACGACCCAGAGUGAUAAUGGUCGUGGAGUGCUCAUUCUGGGAGGGGGCGGCUACACGCAGCUCAUGGUGGGCAGAGAGGGAAUCGCCGUGGCGCGGUGGCUGGCGGGACUUGGGUUCCACGCCUUUGUGCUGGUGCACCGGUUCCCCACGGCCGAAUCGGGUCCUCAGGCACCGCUCGACGAUGCCCGGCGCGCGCUCGGCCUGAUGGAGGAGAGGGCCAAGGUGCCAAACGGGCUGGGGGUGUGCGGUCUGUCGUCUGGAGGCCAUCUCGGGGCGGCGCUGCUGGCCGAGUACCCCAGCAUGUGGACGUCCUCCUCGCCCUCUCCGCCGCCGCGGCUCAAGUUUGCCAUUAUUGGCUAUGGUCCCAUUUCUACAAAUGCCGUUGGUCGUACCAUUGUGCCAAACAAGGCGCCUUUGGAACCGCCGGAGAAGCAGACCUUGUACAAUGUCGUCCAGCCAGACGUACAGGUGAGCCUGCCGGUGCCGCCUACUUUUAUCGUGUAUUCCGGGAAUGAUCCCGUCGUUCCAGUGGUGAAUGCCUACCGGUUAGCAGAGGGGAUUGGAAAGGUUGGGGGUUCCGUUGAAUUGCAUGUAUUUGCCGAUGCACCGCACGGAUUUGGCAUUGACACGGAGGGAUUGCCGGUCUCAAAGUGGCCCUCGUUAUGUGAAGCUUGGCUGACGCAGAAUGGCCUGCUUGAGAGAAGCACAUGA